AAACCAAACACACACUACAUGACAACUAAUCUAUUUUGAAACAUGUAUCAAUAGUCUCUAUGCAUCCAACGACACAAUAUUUUUCUUUUUUUUUAUAGUACUUCGUAGAGUUGCGCUUUUUUUUUACUCCAACCUUAUGAGUAUUUUUGUAUGAUAGAUUACAUACAUAGGCAUGAAUUUAGGAGCGAAAAGAAACCGUAAUCGUAUUUUGUGCCGCUACUCAACAAACCCCCGCUCUCCUUAAGAUCUACUCUUUCCCUCGCCGAUAACCGUCGCCGUCGUUCCAUCACUACUCGCCGUCCUUUUCCUCUCUUUCCAUUCUUCAAUUUCGUCUUCACAUUGCGUGCCCUAGGGUUAUUUCUCAUCUCGUGUUCGAUCGUUUUAGCUUCCAAAUCGAAACCGCGCUUGAAUUGUAUCAUCCAUUUUUCCUCUCAUCAUUCAGAACUUGUUGCUGAAGUUGUUACAUGAUAGAUGGGAACGCGACCGCAGCAAUCGCGUGUAGAUGAAGACGACGAGGAACUGCUUGGUUGUGGAACUACGAUUUCGGGCCAAUCAGGCUCGACUAGCCGGAGUGCUGGGUUGGGGACUACCGCCGGUGAUAAUGCUGCUCUCAAAUUAAACCAUCUUGACAUACAGGAUGAUGAUGCUGCAUCACAGGGAGCAGUUGCUAGCAAGAAGAAAAAGAGAGGCCAACGGGCUGUUGGGGGCGAUAAGAGUGGAAGAGGGCUUCGCCAAUUUAGUAUGAAAGUGUGUGAGAAGGUAGAAAGUAGAGGAAGAACAACUUACAACGAGGUGGCAGAUGAACUUGUGGCCGAGUUUUCUGAUCCAAGCAAUAGUGUUUUGACCCCUGAUCAGCAACAAUAUGAUGAGAAAAACAUCCGUCGAAGGGUCUAUGAUGCUCUGAAUGUUCUCAUGGCUAUGGAUAUUAUAUCCAAGGAUAAAAAGGAAAUACAAUGGAAGGGUCUUCCUCGUACCAGUCUGAAUGAUAUUGAAGAACUAAAGACAGAGCGUCUUGGGCUCAGGAACAGAAUUGAAAGGAAAACAGCCUAUCUGCAGGAGCUUGAGGAGCAAUUUGUAGGUCUUCAGAAACUCAUUCAACGAAAUGAGCAAUUAUGUAGCUCAGGAAAUCCUCCCAGUGGAGGUGUAUCUUUACCUUUUAUUCUCGUACAGACACGUCCUCAUGCAACUGUUGAAGUGGAAAUAUCAGAAGACAUGCAGCUUGUUCAUUUUGAUUUCAACAGUUCUCCUUUUGAGCUGCAUGACGACAAUUAUGUUCUCAAGGCAAUGAAUUUUUGUGAGAGUGAGAGACCACAGAGUGACAAUGUCACACACAAUAUCGUGAAUGGAGGGGAAGGUUCUAGCAUGUCGGGCAUGUAUCAGUCACAGGUUCCUCGUUCAGUUUCAAACAUGUCAGUUAGGCCUCCCACAUCACCUCCACUCCCUGGAAUAUUAAAGGCAAGAGUUAAGCAAGAGCAUUGAUCUGCAAGCUUAUGAUAUCAUCUUACCUUAAUUAAGCAUGCCUGUAUAUUUUGUAAAGAGAUAUACCGAACUGUAGACCUUCAUAAUAGUUAGUCACCGGUACAUCUUUGGUAGACCAGAAGCGGUUCGAUCUGUUUGCUUCUUUAUUGUUUAGGGUAGACUGGCAAAUUCAUUGGCUACUACCAUCUAUCACCUACGACCUUUUCGCCACAUAUUUUUCCGGUAACUUCCCCCUCAUGUAGUAAGAGAAUUCAGUUGUAAUAAAUUGGUUACUACCUUGAUAGCAUAUGAUGAUUACUUCCAUGAUUCACUGAUUUGCAGUGUAAAUGUUUUCCAGUUUAUGAUUGGUAUUUGGACCAA